GUAGUUCCUGGAGUGUAACCAUGGAGACGAUGACUUCAGCAUCCGCCGUCAUCGUCAGCACCCCACCCCCCGGCGUCACCAUGACUCCGCCCCCCACCAGCCGGCGCAGCACUGACUUUGUGUACGUCGAGUACGAAGAUUACGGCGAGUUUUCCUCUGACUCUCCUUCCAUCGGUACUACUUUUAGUACUACAAGACGUGAAACUGCUUCGCCACAUUUAUUCAAGAGAAAAACUCCCAUUCCCACAAUGCAUUCUGCUACAGUUCCCACGUUAACUGCUGAGGAUCAGAGUCCCAGGACAUCUGACUUCCCAGAGUCCCCCCCCACGACUACAAAACGCACCAGAAAAACUGCUUCGCCACAUUUAUUCAAGAGGAAAUCUCCAGCUCCCACAAUGCAACCUGUUCCCGUAGUAACCCUUAACACCCCGUUUUCCCCGACCCCGCCGCCAGAGGGGCGGGAGAACAACUCUGUUGAUGAGGUCCCGUACCGGAUCGUGGGAUUGGACGGCGGCGUGGGGGGGCGGGGCCAGCAGAACUACUUUGUGCCGCGGCGCACCCCCCCGCCCCGCGAGCGGACUCAAAACAAGCGCAUCCAGCAGCUUCUGAACGAGAAGCGGCGGCGAGAGGGGGGGGCGCCCGCCGCACGCACGUGAACGUGCACUCUGCUCUUCGAUUAGCUCGUUAUGACGCAUGUGCAGCUUGCUCGCUUCCUGCUAACGAGCUCCUAACGAGAACACACCA